GGCGAGUUGAGCGCGAUGUGGGCCGGCCGCGUCCUCCACGCGGCGCUCUCCGGGGGCCCCCGCGGCCGCCGCGCGCAGUCAGCGCUGGCCCAGCUGCGUGGCAUCCUGGAGGAGGAGCUGGAAGGGAUCCGCGAGGCUGGCACCUGGAAGAGCGAGCGAGUCAUCACAUCCCGUCAGGGACCGCGCAUCCACGUGGACGGCGUCUCCGGAGGAAUCCUUAACUUCUGUGCCAACAACUACUUGGGCCUGAGUAGCCACCCCAAGGUGAUCCGGGCAGGUCUGCAGGCCCUGGAGGAGUUCGGAGCUGGCCUUAGCUCUGUCCGCUUCAUCUGUGGGACCCAGAGCAUCCACAAGAACCUAGAAGCAAAGAUAGCCCGCUUCCAUCAGCGGGAGGACGCCAUCCUCUAUCCCAGCUGUUUUGAUGCCAACGCUGGCCUCUUUGAGGCCCUGCUGACCCCGGAGGAUGCCGUCCUGUCGGACGAGCUGAACCAUGCCUCCAUCAUCGAUGGCAUCCGCCUGUGCAAGGCCCACAAGUACCGCUACCGCCACCUGGACAUGGCCGAUCUGGAGACCAAGCUGCGGGAGGCCCAGAAGCAUCGGCUGCGCCUAGUGGCCACUGAUGGAGUCUUUUCCAUGGAUGGGGACAUUGCGCCCCUGGAGGAGAUCUGCCGCCUCGCCUCUCGAUAUGGUGCUCUGGUCUUUGUGGAUGAAUGCCAUGCCACUGGCUUCCUGGGGGCCACAGGACGGGGCACGGAUGAGCUGCUGGGUGUGAUGGACCAGGUCACCGUCAUCAACUCCACACUGGGGAAGGCGCUGGGCGGAGCAUCAGGGGGCUACACGACAGGGCCUGGGCUCCUGGUGUCCCUGCUACGGCAGCGUGCCCGGCCCUACCUCUUCUCCAACAGCCUGCCACCUGCUGUAAUUGGCUGUGCUUCCAAGGCCCUGGACCUGCUCAUGGAGAGCAACACCAUUGUCCAGUCUAUGGCGGCCAAGACCCAGCGGUUCCGCAGUAAGAUGGAGGCCGCUGGCUUCACCAUCGCGGGAGCCCAUCACCCCAUCUGCCCUGUGAUGCUGGGUGACGCACGGCUGGCCUCUUGCAUGGCAGAUGACAUGCUCAAGAGAGGCAUCUUUGUCAUCGGGUUCAGCUACCCUGUGGUGCCCAAGGGCAAGGCGCGGAUCCGGGUGCAGAUCUCAGCGGUGCACAGCGAGGAGGACAUCGACCGCUGCGUGGAGGCCUUCGUGGAGGUGGCGCGGCUGCACGGGGCACUGCCCUGAGCCCCGGGGAGUGACAAGCAGAGCCAAGGCCCCCUCCCUCCACAGUAACAAAGAGAGCCUUUGAUCAGCCCAGGCCAGAGGCUCUGAGCUCUGUCAAAGUCCUGCGGCCGGGCUGGGGCAAGGCCAUGAGUAUGAGGCAACAGUGUGGAAACUGGCUGUGA